UCUGACGAUGAUCCACAUGGCGUUCUGCUCGUCGCUGGCGUUCGUGCUGGUGCGCGUGGUGCGCGUGGUGGAGCCGGUGGCCAUGAGCCUCGAGAUGUACGUCUCCUCCGUGCUGCCCAUCGGCGCGCUCUACGCCAUGAGCCUCUGGUUCUCCAACUCCGCCUACAUCUACCUCUCCGUCUCCUUCAUCCAGAUGCUGAAGGCGCUGAUGCCAGUGGCGGUGUACACGCUGGGAGUGGCGUUUCAGAAGGACGUCUUCCGCUGCUCCACCAUGAGCAACAUGCUGCUCGUGUCGGUGGGUGUGGGCAUAGCCGCGUACGGCGAGGCCAACUUCAACUUCACAGGCGUCCUCCUGCAGCUCGCCGCCGUUGCCUUUGAAGCCACUCGCCUCGUGCUCAUCCAGAUCCUGUUGGCAUCCAAGGGCAUUUCGCUGAACCCCAUCACGAGCCUGUACUACGUGUCCCCCACGUGCCUCAUCUUCCUCACCAUCCCCUGGUUCUUUGUCGAGUACCCCUCCCUCGCCCCGCACCUCGUUGCUCCACACCCCGACCUGCUGGUGUUUGGGGGCAACUGUGUGUGCGCCUUCGCCCUCAACCUCGCUGUCUUCCUGCUCAUCGGCAAGACCUCAGCGCUCACCAUGAACGUGGCAGGGGUGGUGAAGGAUUGGCUACUCAUUGCCUUCUCCUGGUCUGUCAUCAAGGAUAGGGUAACCGCCAUCAACUUGUUCGGGUAUCUUCUGGCGUUUGGUGGAGUGUGCUGGUAUAACCACUCCAAGUUGCAAGAAAUGAAGUCCAAGGAUGCUGCGAGGAAGGCUGCACAAUUGGAUGAAGAGGAGGGGCUCAUUAAGGAUGGUUCCUCCUCAGCAGACUCAUCCGUCCCAAUCGUCCUGCAUCAGCGCGAGUGGGAGGUUCUGCCAUUCUCUGUCAAUCUCGCCCGAGGCCUGCCGUUCAUGUCGACUCUCCGAGUCGCUUCCGCGGGAUUGCGAAUUCCACGCUCGAUUCUCGUCGAGCAUGCGCCAAUUCAGACACUCUCGUGCUUAAGACCGCGGGCAGUGGCGUUGCUACCACGUCGACCGAAAGCCUUCGUUUCCCGGCCGUCGCUCCCCGCAUCGUAUCGCAGCGGCUUACAACGGGUAUGCGCAGAGUCGCGGGGGAGCAGCAGCCACGAGUGUGCGGAGGAGGGGCGAGUAGAGGAGCGGCGAGCGAAGGCGGAGGGAAGCGCCGCAGACGAGACUGCGGAGUCCGCUGCCGCGGAUUCGCCCGGCGUUGAAUCAGCACCAGCACCAUCCGCCUUACCAUCACUCCUCCCCGCCUCCACCGCCCUCCUCUCCGCGGCGUUCCUCGCCUUCUCGCCGCUCACGGGCGGCUUCGACCUGUCGGGCCCAGGCUCAGUCGUACAGGCAGUGGGCGUGCUGGCGCUCAUAGUGGCCGUGCACGAGGCAGGCCACUUCCUAGCCGCGCGCUCCCUGGGCGUGCACGUGACGAAAUUCUCCAUCGGUUUCGGGCCUGUGCUGGCCAAGUACCAGGGCAAGGGCAAGGACGGCACUACCGAGAAGGGCGUGGAGUACGCGCUGAGGGCGUUCCCGCUGGGCGGGUUUGUGGGGUUCCCCGAUGAUGACCCCAGUGAGGAGGCCGUGUACCCGCCUGACGACCCCGACCUGCUCAAGAACCGCCCGAUUGCUGACCGGGCGUUUGUCAUCAGCGCUGGGGUGAUCGCCAACAUCGUCUUUGCCUAUGCGCUGCUCUUCACCCAGGUGUGUGCUGGGCUCAUCACAGCAGUGGUGGGCUCUCUGACGUUCACAUUGCACAACAUCAUGGCAUUGUCAUGUGAGGUUGCCAUGGAUGACCCCAACAGAAUCCACCUAGCUCUGCUCUUCACCACCAUUUCCCCCGUCAUCAACAUAGCGCUGCCCUCACACACAUUCCUCGUUUCCUUCCUCGCCCUUCCCUCCCUCCCUCAGGUAAACACGGUGGGUCUGAUCCAGCAGGUAUACCAGCCGGGAGUGAUGGUACCAGACGUGGUGUACGGGUCAGCGGGCGAGCGCGCAGGGCUACUGCCAGGCGACCUCAUAGUGGCGGCAGACGGCACACCGCUACAGCCGUCCAGCACUGCCGUCUCCGACCUCGUCAGCUACAUCCGCGCCUCGCCCGGCCGCCCCAUCACCCUCGACGUGCUCCGCUCCGUGCAGGCCCCGCCUCUCAGCGGGGGGGUGGACGGGGAGCUAACAGGUGUGAGUGCGGCAGGAGCAGCAGCGGCAGGGGAGGAGGCGGAGAAGCGCAUGGUGAGCAUCAGGGUGGUACCGGACGUGUCGUUCCGUGACGGUGGGGGCCGCAUUGGAGUGCAGCUGGCGCCCAACUCCUACCAGGAGCAGGAGCGCGCCGACAACCUGCUGGACGGCACAGUAGCGGCCGGCAAGGAGUUUGGGCGGCUCAUGGGGGCCGUGGUGGACGGACUUCAACAAAUCAUCUUCAACUUUGGUAACACCGCUGACCGCGUGUCGGGCCCAGUGGCUAUUGUAGCAGUGGGGGCGGAGGUGGCGCGCACCAACCUCUCGGGGCUGUUCCAGUUUGCAGCCAUCGUGAACCUGAACCUGGCGGUGGUGAAUCUGCUGCCGCUGCCGGCGCUGGACGGGGGGUAUCUGGCGCUGCUGGCGGUGGAGGCGGUGCGGGGGGGGAAGAAGAUCCCCGUGGAUGUGGAGCGAGGCAUCAUGUCGUCGGGCUUCCUGGCGCUGCUGGGUGCCGGUAUCUUCCUCAUCGUUAAAGACACCAUCAACCUUGGGUUCCUGUGA